AUGGUAUCUGGCUCGUUGGUCGCGCUCGCUGGCUUCAGCUCGAUAGCUGUUGCUCAAUUCGAGCCUAACUGGGUCAAGAAUGGAGAGAUCUGGGAGGAUACUGUGAAAUACGGACCGGAGAUGGAACUUCAGCAUCUCUACUACGAUCAAUUCCCGACAGGCAUCGCAGUCUCUCGCGAAGGACGCAAGUUCUCCAAUUACCCACCAGGCCUCGACGGCAAUAACACAAACAACGGCUCCAAUGGCAAAUACACCAUUGCCGAACUUAUCGGCAACAACACCGAGCGCCCAUGGCCGAGCGCGGAGAUGAAUAACCCACCAGGAGGAGCUAUAAACUACACAACUACACCACCAACCGGCGCGAACUAUCAACAAUACAUCAUCGGCUCCCAAUCCAUCGUAACCGAUGCCCAGAACCGCGCUUGGAUCCUCGACACCGGCCGCGCCCUCACACCGAACGGUACCCUCGUCCCAGCUUCCUUCGGCGGCCCUAAACUCAUUGGCGUUGAUAUUGCGUCUGGCAAUGUCCUCCAGACUAUCGUGUUCCCCACUACUGUCGCAUAUGCCGAUUCGUACCUUAACGAUGUCCGCUUCGAUCUCGUGCAUGGAGGAGGGUAUGCGUACAUCACAGACAGCUCCGUCGAAGGUCGCAACGGUAUCAUCAUCGCGGACUUGGCAACUGGCGAGUCCUGGCGUCAUCUCGACGGCAGCAGCAAAGUCAAGCCUGAAGACCAGAACUUGCCAUUCACAUGGGGCGUUCCUCUCUACGGUUUCAACCCUGGCAAACCAUUCUCCUACGUCGCCUUCGGGUCAGAUGGAAUAGCGCUCCCAGCAGACUCAGAAACCCUCUACUGGAAAGUCGUAGGCGGCCGAUACCUCUACUCAAUCCCCACCGCCCGCCUCCGCGACAACAGCGCAAACAGCGAAAUCCUAGCCCAGAACGCCAUCAACACUCUCGACACAAACGACUACAUUUACCACGGAAACAUGGAGCAGAACGCCAUCGGGCUUUUCAACCCGAAGAAUGGGACGAGUCAGCUGUUCGUGAGAGACAAGAGGUUGAAUUGGAUUGAUACAUUUUCGGUGGGCUUUGAUGGGUAUUUGUAUUUCACUGUGAAUCAGUUGGUUUUUGGGAGUGGGCAGCAUCCGGGGAUGGAUAGGAGGCAGAAACCGUUUAGUUUGUGGAGGGUUAAGUUGCCGGAGGGUGGGACGAAGCCGGGGAUUGGUGGGAGUGGGAUGGGGAAUGGGACGAUGUAUUAG